AGGGGGCGUCCGCGAGCUCUGUCUAAAUUUCUUCGAAACUGUGAUUUUUAUCAAACUCAACAGACCCACCAGCAGUGUGUUUGUGUUCGUCUGUGUGUGCCCUUGUGUGUUCUUGUGUGUUCGUCUGUGUGUUCUAUUGCCGCUCAAAUCUACACAGCAGACAUUCGUUCAAGCAGCGAUGCAUCCAGUUCGAGUGUCCAUUCCGUCGUUUCGCUCAGAAAACAACUCCAUAGAGAAGGGAUACACGGUCUUUAAAAUUGACGUGCUGAUGAGUGGCAGACUAUACAGCAUUGAAAAGCGCUACAGUGAAUUCCAUGCAUUGCACAAAAUGCUUAAAAGGAGCAUCAAACCGCCGGAAAUGCCUUCAAAGCACGUCAGAAACUGGGUUCCUAAAGUCCUGGAGCAAAGGAGGCAAGGCCUGGAGCUCUACCUACAGACUAUAAUUAUGGAAAAUGAGGUUCUUCCAAAGAUAUUCCUGGACUUCCUAAACAUCCGGCAUUUUCCUUCAGUGCCAAAAACAGAAAGCUGCGGGUCCUUUGAUACAGAGUCUGUGGAGUCAAGCAAACUUUCUCAUCAGCCAGUCAUGCUAUUUUUGAGAGACCCCUACCUGCUGCCACAUGAUGAAUUUUCCAACGUUGUGAUUGAAGGUGUGAUCCACGGCAUUUUCUAUCCAGAUCUGCAGCCGAGGUAGAAAACGAGGAGCUUGACGCCACAAACUGAUCGUGCUAAACAAGACUAAGAUACCCUGAGCCCGCCUUCACUGAACACUGCAUCCUACUUUUUUUGACACAUAAACACUAACUUGACACACAGCACCACUACUAAGUUUAACUUUAAAAGAUCUCUACUACAAAAACAAGCUCGUUGUGAAACUGUUUUCCCAUCAAUAAUGUUGGUGAUAAAAAUGAAAACUUUGUUAUAACCGAUCCUUUUCGUCCUGCAGUAGGUGAACAGGAAACACAGCUCACAAAAGGCUGAUCCAUAGUGAGAUUUUAACCAGCGUGUACCGCAGUAGAAGCCAGGUUGAAUAGUGUUGUUUUUCCAAAGAUGAUGGAUCACAUUUUGCCCCCGAUGCUGCACUGUAAUUCUGCAGUAGGCAAAGAUUUCAAAGUUAGGGUGCCACGCCUUUUGGAUCAGACGGAAAAUGUUCUUCUGGAGUUGGCAAAUGUUACCAACUGAACAAACACAAAUGGCUUUUUUAAAGGGAAUGCAGUGGUUGCAUCUUUGUGCUUUAGGGAUAGAUGUGGAUCUAGCCUCUGUUAUGAAAAGGUACACGUGUGAUGACAGUGCUGCAUCAAUCUGUUACUGUAGCAGCUUUCAUUCAUUUAAAAUAGAUUUUCUCACCUCUUACUCUAUCAGCUUUGCACCAGCAUCUGUCCUGACUCUGUUUAGAGUUUAUGAAUCAAAGUGCUGCAUCUCCAAAGGUUUAAAUGGAAUAAGGAGGUAAGGUACUGGAUGACACGCUGAAAAGACAACUUUAUAGGGCUCUGAGACGCCCUUUUUGUGGUUGCAGUGCAAAAAUGGAGGAUUUCACUAAAAGGGAAAGUAUUGAGUGUGUGUUAAAAUGAGCACUUUAUGACUUGACCGCAUUGUUCUGCAGUUUUAUCAAACUUUUGCACGGGCAUGUUUUUUUUCUUGAAAGGUAGAGAGUAGAGAGAAGUUACUGGAUCGAUUUGUUUACAAUCUGGUAAUGAAGGGAGAACUUCAAUAUAAGCUUCAAUGUCAAACUGAAGUUCAUUUUCAUUUGAGUUUCUGCAGACCAGCAUCUAUUACUACAUGUACAUUUACACCAAGGGGUUGUAACGUCUGCUAUCAUUAACGAUGAAAAAAGAGAUUACUCAGACAUCGAUAUUGUGUGCAAUAAAAAGGAAAACACAAUUAGUUCAUUUUCUGUGAAGUUGCAGGACAACUCCUGCUGGAAGUCGAUUGUGUAGAUUUCAUGGAUUAUUGUGUUGCAUGUGGUUUUUCUGUACAGUUUUUCCUAUUUAGCUCAUUCUCUUUCAUUUUUUGGAACUAAAAUUGAUGACAUGACUACAAAUAUAGAAUUUUAUAUCUGAACUAACAACAAUUGUGACUUAUUUUUGCUCAAGUUUCUUUAAAUUGUGAAAAUAUAUUUGUUUUGUGCUAACAUUGUGCUCUGACUAUUGUAAAAUUGUGUGUUUUUGUGUGCCAUAAUGCCAAAUUACAGAGGACACUUGAAUUCUGCUGUGGCACUUUUAGCAUAAAUGUCUUGCAAAAUAUAAACAUAAAUAAAACUUUUGACUUGUCCGGA